AUGUCCGGAUCGUUGAAGUCGUUAGACAAGAAAAUUGCGAAGCGAAGACAGGUGUACAAGCCCGUGCUGGACAACCCGUUCACGAAUGAGGCGCAUCUGUGGCCGCACGUGCACGACCAGCCAUUGAUCUGGCAGCUGGUGCAGUCUUCCAUCUUGAACAAGCUGGCGCACAUGCAAUCGAAAGAGGAGUACCCCUGGGAGCUGUACACGGACUUCAAUGACAUUGUGCAGUACUUGAGCAGCGACCGCGGAAACAGCGAUCCCGUGUACCUGUUUGUGUGCAACAAGGACCCCGGCGUGCCGCUCGUGCUCUUGCAGCAGAUCCCACUGCUAUGCUAUAUGGCCCCCAUGGCCGUGAAGCUGGUGCAGCUGCCCCGGAGUGCCCUGGCCGCUUUCAAGACGGUUUCUAAGUACGGGCUGCUGCUGCUGCGGUGCGAUGACAGGGUCGACAGGAAGUUCGUGUCGCAGGUCGACAAGAACGUCGACCCGUUGCAGUUUCCCUGGCUGAGCGCAGUCAAGUACCAGCCAACGGCAGUCAAGUUGCUGAAGACCACCGUGCCCAUUGUCUCCAAGACUAAACAGAAGUAG